AUGGACUCGCUCAGCCCGGGCGAAGAGGUGCAGCGCCUCCAGAAUCAGAUCGAUGUCGAGACCAAGAUCAAGGAUGGCGCAGAGAACCUACUCAGCGUCUUUGACCUCAAGCUCGCUUCCACCACCAAGCAGGACCUUCGUAAGCAGAUCGAGUCCGAACUCGACUCGGCCAACAACAGAAUCGCAUCGCUCACCGCCGAGCUUGAACGCUGUCGACAGAUCCACGCUACCACCUCGCCCCCUUCAUGGGCUUCUACCAUCUCGGACUCGGACUCGGCUUGGCAGAUACCCGCUUCCACUGUAUCGCGUUUCGAGCAAUCAGCGCUCGGCUUCGAGGGACGUCCUCUCUUUGGUGGCGGUGGAGGCGCUGGUAAUGCGCAAGCCGGUCCCAGUCGGCCGGCCGCUCGUAGCAAUGCCAGCUACGAUAUCUUGCCCUCUCAUCUGGACCCCAACAACGGAUCACCACCAUCCACCAACUACGUCAACGAUCUAGGCGCUGAUAUCCAUCAUCAUCACCCUUCAGCAGAAGCGCGCUUCGGUGGCCUCGGCAUCGGCCUCGAUGGACAUGCUCCACUCACUCUGGCCACCACGCGAGCCAUCUCAGAACCUCUUCAAUCCACUCGUCCAGCGCCUCCUCUCCUCUUUGACCGCUCAGCUGGCUCGAACGACGACGCUACCGCCUCCACUUCCACGUCUGCGCCAGCACUGCCUCUCGGGCCCGGGCCCGGGCAUGCUCACGACCGCGAAGUCGAGGAUGCUCGCGCUUCGAGGUCUUUGGCCGUCAUGCUCAUCCGCUCCUUGCGACCGUCGUCGCCCAUUCCCCCGCCUGCAACGAUGCCCACCCUCUCAGAGCGUGCAGGAUCCAUCUCGCCAGGCUCCACUUCUCCCCGCCCUCGCCCCACCGACCAUGCCGUCGCCGUGCAAUCCAACAAGGCUGCAACCACCGUGGUUACGGAUUCGGACUCGCCGCUCAAUUCAAAUCUUGCGCUUCCACGCAUGGCUCGCAGAACCGCUGCACGCUCUAGAGCGGCUGCACUAGCCGCAGGCGCCUCUGCACAUGCACGCACACCGAGCAAUGCCACGGGCCUCGGCGACCAGGCCAAGCACCAGAUCGAUCAGAUCAACCGUCUAGUCGACAUCCUCAAACGCCAUGCGCGCGUGCGCUACGAGUUACCCCUCGAUGAUCUCGUCGAUGCCGCCAUGCCCAAUCUUUGCGAUCGAGCCGGCAAGGAGAUUCGCGCAGCCACCUACCGCCUCCUCCGCCACGCCCUUGUUCAGCCGCUCUGGCCGCUCGUCUCACGCUGCCGCGGGAAGGGCCUCGACAUCUACCUUUCUCGCUCCCUCAUUCGCGAUAAUCGCUUUGAGCUCGAAAAGAUCCAGGCGAUCAAACUCAUUCGAGCCAUAAUGGAGAUGGCAGCUCUUCGUUCCAUCGGCUCUGCUCCCGACCGUCUCGCGCUCGACCUGGAAGACUUACUGUCCUCUGGCGUCGUUCGCGCCCUUGCAGCUGUGGCAGAGCACCCCGAAGACAAGCUGCGCAACAUCUGCCUUGAGACGCUCGCCGAGCUCGCCGUUUUUGACGUCCGUCUGCUUAUCAAAGGCGGUGGCCUCAGAUCCACUUUACAGGCCUUGACCGAAGGUGCUACCGAGUUCUCGCCUGUGCUCGUCCAAGUUUUCGUCUACCUUGUCGACAUGCCCGGCACACGUCAGCAUCUGCGUCCCGGUGUUGAUCUUGAGAUCGCCUUGUCCGGCUUCACGGAGACGCCCGUGCAGAAACCCAUCACCUACGACGCGCUGCUUCGAUGCACUGCCUCGGUCGUCACCGUGCUUCUCCGCUCCUGGGCAGGUCUCAUCUACCUCUGCAUGGACAACAAGCGUGCCAUCAAGUCGCUCGUCCAAGCGCUACGCGUCAACACGAUCGAAGUCAAGAGCGUCCUCCUCGACAUGCUCUACGACCUCUUCAACGUUCGUGGUGCAACAGGACGUGUAGAUCCCGCAAGCAAGCGCGAGAGCAGUUACAAAGCGGCGUCUUCGUCACCUAAGUUGGAUGCAGACGCAGCUGCUCCCGUCAAAGGCGGCAUCGCGCCCCUGGGUGAACUCGGCGACCAACCCCGCAGCAGACUCAACCUCGUUGAUCACUACCUCGCUCUACUACUCGUUGUAUUUUUCGAGUCGGGCCUCGUGGAUGCGCUCAUCGACGUAAUCGAACAUGCGCCCACCAUGGCCAGGAAGGCGACCAUGCUCAUGGGAGAGCUGCUCCAGGUGUCGAAGCGUGUCCACCCACCUUCCAUGGGUGGCAAUAUCCAUUCGCUUCCGCGCCUGUUCUCGCUCGCUGCCAAUUUUCGACUCGACAAGAGCGACGAGAGACAGGCGGCGGCCAGUGCACUCGCUUCCAUCGACAGCGCAAAUCGUCAUCGUGCCCACCACGAAGCCACAAGCAGCGCAGCGGCGCUCAGUGGCACCGUACAGAGCACAGCUAAGGACCGCUCAAACUCAAUCGAGGACUCAAUGCGCAGGGGUCAGCGGCAGGUCGAAAAGACCAAGAUGCGCCUGGGUAUGCAGAUCGAUGACGUCCAGUUCCGCAACAUGAUGGUCGAUACACAGAUCCUCGUCACCAAGGAUCACACAAAGUGGAAUCUCGACGUGCUCACCGAGAUGCUCGAAGGUCCCCUGCUUAACGCCAAACGCCUUGACGACGUUGUCAAAGGAACCAAGCUGCUCAAGCGUGUCUUGGCUUUCUACCAUCCAUUUGCGUUGCGCUUUGCCAGCAUACGCAAGCUCAAGGCCAACCGUCGUUUCGUCCGACUAGGCUGUCUGCUGCUUAGUACGCUCGCGGCGACACCCGAGGGUGUUCGCGUUCUGCUUGAGGAUCGAUUGCUCCGCGAGAUCCGCGAGUGCCUCGAUCAGCUCGAUCCGCUUUCGGCGUUUUCCACUUCGGAUCCGUUGCUUUCGCGCAAGCGCAUGGACGAAACGCUUACCUCCGGCUAUUUCGAGAUGAUCGGCACCCUUACCCAAUCUGCGGAAGGCAUUCGUCUGCUCGAGCGCUUCAAGAUCUUCACUCCACUGUACCAUCUUAGCGCGCUGCGAAGCAGGGAUGACAUCGUCAGAGCUGUGAUUGAAAAUGUCGACUACAGCACCGAUGGCCACUCGAGGAUCAUCCUCGCCAAGGCACUUACUUCGAGCUACCGGGAUGUGCGCCUCUUCGCGACACGGCACCUUGCCGAACUCAUCCGACAGCAGACUUUGCCGGCCAACGCCAAGAACGGCUCCGACGUGCAGGGAGACUGGACCAUUAGUCUGUUGCUCACGCAGCUUUACGACCCUUCGGUGGAUGUGCGUCAGCUGGCCACCACGGUGGUCGAAGAGGCUUGCACCUCGAGCCACAUCCUCGAGAAGGUGGUUUCGAUGCGGCCUACGCUGGAUCACCUCGGUGAGCUGGGCCACCCUCUCUUGCUCAAGUUCCUAUCCACGUCGGUGGGGAUCCGUUACCUUUGGCAGUGCGAGUAUAUCGACCGCGAGAUGGACGAGUGGUUCAACGAGCGCAACCAGCGCUAUGUCGUCGAGGUGGAAGUGAUGCUGGCGGACUUUUUCAGCAUCUACCGCAAGUCAUCAGCAAACAGCACUUCUGCGGGGGUGACAAACGGCGCACCCGGGACACCAUCUGCCUUUGUAUCUCCCCCUUCAGCGCGCACGGACUGUUUUUCGAAAGAUGGAGUAGUCCCGCCUCAUUUCUACGGGGAACUAGCCAAGACACCCGAAGGCGGUCACAUUCUACAGCAGAAGGGCCACUUUGCCGAAUUCGCGCACUUCGUUCGCCAGCACGGUUCCGAGGCUUCGGACAGUGAGCUUAUCAACAAACUCAAAAGCGUGCUGUGGGCCGUGGGCAACAUUGGUGCCAACGAGCUCGGGUUGCCAUUCUUGGAGGCAGAAAAUAUGAUCAGCCAAGUGGUCGAGAUCGCCGAAACUUCGCCGGUCUUGUCCAUCCGUGGCACCUGCUUCUUCGUGCUUGGACUGAUUGCAUCGACCAACUCGGGCGCAGAGGCGCUGCAGGACUAUGGAUGGCAGUCGGUGUGCACGCCCUUGGGAGCACCAAUGGGGCUGUGCAUUCCGGACGACGUCAACCGCCUGGUGUCGAUCGAGCGAUGGCAAAUCAACAAGGUGACAGAUCUUAGCUACCUGGAGCUCGCAGAACCCGAGACGCUGGUGGUCAACAAGAUCAUCACUUCGAUCGCCAACUUGGGCAAUUCGAUCUUGGCGACCAACGCCUCGCGAUCGCUGAGCAAGCUCAAGGCCAAGCACAAGUCGGUGUUCAAGGACUUGUCCGUGCUAGCAAGGGCACUGGAGCUGAUGGAUCAUUUCUACUACCGUAUCUCGGUAAGAAGAUACAUAUGGGAGCUCUUCGAUGUCAGUCUCGACGAGGAUGCGGUUCAAGAGAUACGCGUUAGCAGGCAAAGGCUGAUCGAGGCGAAACGCUUGCGGACUGCGCAACCUGGGCGAUCUUUGUCGCGGGCGGGGCUCAAGCAUGGAGGUCAGUCGCCUCGGCAGAGGGGCGGAUCGAUGCAUCUGGCAGCAGCAGAUGCAUCUCAGACCGGCUCGAGGAGGCAGCGCUCGGUCGACCAGCAGCGGUCUGGUAGCAAGAUUCGCGGGAGGAAGCAGCAGCAGGCUGGCCUGAGUGCGUUGGCCAACGAUGACCUGUCGCCGCAUUCGGAUUCGGAUCGAGAUUCUGCAACGUCACUGCCGCAAUCGACGAGGAGGGGACGCGAAAACGGAUUGCUGAGGUACGAAGAUGACCACGACAGUGAAGAGGACGAAGGAGAGGAGGAUACAGACACAGACGUGGAUGCAGACGAGGUGGGACUAUCAAGCAACCUCUCAUCGGAUGACGAGGCGAGCGACGAAUCCCUGGACGAGCCCAAGCAGCUACUUCGUCCGGAUCACGUCGUAAGCAGAGGGAUGAGCAAGACGGCGGCCUCUGGCACUGCGACAAGAAGAGGCAGCAUUCGAUCGUCGACGCUCAAGGGGCACUGGAGUGGAAGCCAUGAGCCUCUGGAGGCGCAGAAGGUUGUGUCUGCUCCGGCCAAAAAGGUGGUCGGGUUCGGCGUCGAGGAGCUGUGA